AUGUCACCAGAGAGGAUGCCUCAGCCUGAAGAGAUUACAAAAGCUGGUGCUAGUGAUAGUGAACCGUGCUUGGAUGAUAAGAUUAAGAACAAAGAUAGGGAUACAGAUGGUGUCAAAGAGGAGGUUAAAGAUUCAAAAGUUCAGUCGGAUGAUGAAGCAGCAGCAUCAUUGGGGUUGCAUAGGGUUACUGAAAGAAUGCUGAGCAAAAUAAAGGCCUCUAAGGAUAUUGAACGCAAGCAGAGAAAUGUUAUUUCGAAAUUGGCAUUAAAUAGUAAUGGUGAAGAAGAUGAGGAGGAAGAUGAUGAAGACGACGACGAUGAUGAUGAGGAUGGUGAGGAAGAAGAUCAUGGUGAUGACGAGAAUGCGAAUGGUGGUAAGAAUGAUAAUCUUGAAGCCACUAAAAAGAGAACCCUUGAGUUAAAGGCGUCAAAAGGUACAUCAUUAAAGAGAAAGAGAAUUCCACCAGCACUGGAUCUUUCAUCAUGUAGUAGUGGAUCUACUACGACACCGAAUAGUAAUUUGAGCACGGCAAUUCAUAGACAUCAUACCCAUCACGGCAGAGUAGAAAGUGCACCGCCGAACGUAUCGCGAUUUCCACGCUCGACAUUUACGGGCAGGCCCAUUGGUAAACCAAGAGUACAAUACCUGGGUAAAUCUAGACAGGCACCUCUAUUACCACAACAACAGGGUUAUAAGUUGAACACGCCCUUUGUGCCAAGAAUUCCCCUACCGCAAUGGCAGCAACAGUACUACCCUUACCCCUACGCGGCGACAACAGCUGCUCCUGCUCCGAUGCUACAGGCUUACCAACGGCCGUACAAUUACCCAGUACCACCAAGAUCUGCAAUUCCGGUACAGAUGCCCUACUAUCAGGAAUACCAGGGCUACACACCCUAUACUACUACACAACGCAAGAGACCCCAGCAGAUGACAACAGCUACAACGGCAGUAAAUGAUUCAGAAGAUCUGCGAAACCGGGAAUCAGAAGCAAAUCAAGAUCAAAAUCAAGAACAGCAAGAAACUGAAUACAAUCAAUUGACAGUAGAGGAUGAUACUACUGUUCCAUCUACGUCUGAUGAACUGAUGCAAGGUGAGAUUCGCAUUCAACGCGACGUCUUUAGCUUCGAAUUUCCAGGAAACUCACCUGCUAUAGAUAAAAAGAUGUUCAUGAGCAUCUGUGAUAAAGUCUGGGACGAAUCAAGAGAAACGUCAAGGGUAUAA